AUGCUUUUCUGGGAUCGUCGACUCUGUGUCGACAUGAUCACAACGGAAAAAUGUUCGAAGUCUUCGAAUCAAUGCCGUUAUGAACAUCAAACUUCAUAUCGACAAACAAAUCUUUGUCCACAAUGGUACACCAAUAAUCGAUGCACUUUUGGCGAGAAAUGUGAAGAUUCUCAUCGAUUAGAAGGAGUACCAAAUGAACAUCGUUAUAUCCGCACAGAAACCGAUGCUAAUGUGUUUAAACUACUUCGAUUCAUUCGUAAUUUUGCUGGACAUUAUAUUGAAUCUGUUAUUCAUGAUCAACAGGAACUUUACAAGAAUGUUCUGGUUGUUAUGGUACAUUUGGUACAUGCUUUAAGUCGUAAAAAUGCUGGAUCUAUCGAACAUCUCAAUUUGUUCUUAGAGAAAAGUGCUGUGAAUCAAAUGAUUACAGAAGAAAAUCUUCUUCCUGAACUCGACAAACCAUUCAGUGUACCAGCAAUAUUCUUUGAUCGUCGUCUUAAUUAUAGUGCAGCUUGGUAUCGACCGACUGGAAAUAAACGAGAUCUGAAAUUCAAUCAAUUAUCGCAAGCAUUUGUGACUUAUUUUAAUAGAAUCUUUGUUGAAUACUAUCAAGGACGUCUUAGAUCACGCGGUGCAAAAUCAGCAUGGUCUUAA